UUCUUGGGAGGCUCGGCAUCUUCAGUAUCCCUCCUCAGACCUUACAGGACUCACAGCCCUAUUCCUUAAGUUGACAAAGAAUAUGUGGGCUUCGCAGCCCUGCCCAGUCAGCUGCACAGAAAAUCUGUGAAGAAAGGAUUUGAGUUCACUCUCAUGGUGGCAGGGGAGUCAGGCCUGGGGAAGUCAACACUUAUCAACAGCCUCUUCCUUACCGACCUUUACAAGGACCGACUGAUACCUGAUGCCAGUGCUCGCCUGAGCCAGACCCUGACCAUUGAGCGCAGGGGUGUGGAGAUUGAAGAGGAAGGAAUCAAAGUGAAGCUCACCCUGGUGGACACCCCAGGUUUUGGUGAUGCAGUGGACAAUGGAGACUGCUGGAUGCCCGUGGUUCGAUUCAUCGAGGAACAGUUCGAACAGUAUCUGAGGGAUGAGAGUGGUCUCAACAGGAAGAACAUACAGGAUUCCAGGGUCCAUUGCUGUCUCUACUUCAUUUCUCCCUUUGGUCGAGGGCUCCGCCCCUUAGAUGUGGCAUUCCUCCGGGCUGUGCAUGACAAGGUCAACAUUGUCCCUGUCAUUGGGAAAGCUGAUGCCCUGACUCCUAAGGAAACCCAGAUUCUCAAGCAGAAGAUCCGGGAGCAGCUGGAGGAACAGGAGAUCAACAUUUACCAGUUUCCAGACUGUGAUUCUGAUGAGGAUGAAGACUUCAAGAAACAGGAUGCUGAGAUGAAAGAGAGCAUCCCUUUUGCUGUGAUUGGUUCCAGUACCGUGGUGAGGGACGGUGCCACCCGGCCGGUGAGGGGUCGCCUCUACCCCUGGGGAGCAGCAGAAGUGGAAAACCCUCAUCACUGUGACUUCCUCAACCUGAGACGGAUGCUAGUACAGACCCACUUACAGGACCUGAAGGAGGUGACGCACGACCUGCUCUACGAAGGCUACCGAGCCCGUUGUCUUCAGAGUUUGGCCCGUCCUGGGGCCCGGGAACGCACUGGUCGCAGCAAGUUGUCUCGACAGAGUGCCACUGAAAUACCCCUCCCCAUGCUGCCCCUGGCAGACACAGAGAAACUUAUCAGAGAAAAAGAUGAGGAGCUGCGCCGGAUGCAGGAGAUGCUGGAGAAGAUGCAAGCCCAGAUGCAGCAGAGCCAGGGAGAACAGUCUGAUGUCCUUUGAACCCACCGUUUUCCUCUUACUUAUUCCUUUUUUAUACUCUGGGGACUUGCUUCCAGUCCUGCCCUUUCUCCCCUAGUCUCUCAGGACCCAAACAAACUGCACAGCACUAACUUCCCUUGACUCCCUCCCAAAACAUACCUGACUGAGCUCUAACCCUUAGCUUAUCCCAUCCCACUGAGGCUGAUUUCCUUCUCCAUGGCUAUUUGGGAUUCCUGCUGCCCUCCCUGCAGCCCCUCAAUCCCCAUCUCACAUUCCCAGAUGUCCUCUAUUCCAUCGGAUCUUGUGCAACACGAAUACCCUUCUCCGUUUGCUUCUGCUCCUUGUUCAGUCAGUCAGUCAUCUGUCAAAAUUGAUCUUGUUCUUCACAACAAGCAUUUAUUAAGCGCUUACUGUGUACCCCAAUGUCUUGAAAUAAAAGUUGAUUUCCUUAAGA